CUUCAGCUAAAGAGCCAAGGGCCCAAAUCUCAAAGGGGCGCCAGGGUCUGUAUGGAUGCUGUGGCGGAGCCUCCAGCAAGCAUGUGGGCGAAUAGCUUUGAUGCAUUGGAUCUAAUCAAUCUCUCUCCUCUCCAUAUUCAAAAUCUUUUUUGCCUCGCUGGACUCGGAGAGAGGCCCCUUCUUCAAGUCAAUCUUUGUUAAUGUUUGUUCAUUAUAUUGUCAGUGUCCUUUUUGGCUAAUCUUAUUUCUCUUUGGUGAGGCGGAAGCUCGGAAAAACAACGUUUUGACUACUAACUUAAGGUACGGCACCUACCUAGUCGCAAUUGUUUCUACUUUACGCUUCAAAACCCUGGCAAUACUUCAAACCUGACUCGUUACACGUUUUAUCUUAUUUUUCUUCGCGAUAUAUAAUUGCGCCUCCUCCAUCCUAACCACCCAAUUCUCCCGCCAGUCGCUGCGAAAAAGCGACAUCUUUUGCGACAAUGAGCUCUCCAAACACUCCCUCAAAGCAUGGUAGCCAUGCUCAAUUACGGCGCCCUUCUCUCCUCUCAAACGAGGAUAGCCACAACCCUCUGGGCACGCGCAGUGGCGCCCUCCAGUCCCUCAUCCGCAGUCGCUCUCACCAGAGCAUACAGAGCUUGAGCAGUUCUGUUCCCGCGCAUCCUCCUUCUUUCUGGAUGGGACCUGACGAUGAGGAGACUGGACUGCUCCGCCACGACCAUGAUGAGCUUGGCAAGCUGCUCGCUGAUGAGCGCCGCCUCACCCAACUGCUUCACGGCCCCCAGAACCGCAGCGCCAAACUCAUUGGCAGAAGCAACCCUCGAUAUCGAUGGGAGCAGUACUGGAAGCCUGAGGAGGAGCUGGCUGCUAUGUCCAAACCACUGCGCGAGUACUAUGAGAGAACAAAUGAGUUGAUUCAGCAAUAUCUGUACAUCGAUGCUCUCCUCGACUCCGCUAUCCCCCACGAUCUCCUCAACGAGUAUCAAGCAGAGCUUGAAGCUUCUGCAUUCCGACCACUUGACGUCCCAGAUACCAUCAACGAGGAGCCCUCCACUACAUCCGACUCCCCCCCUCUCACUGGAUCAACUCCUGUAUCCGCAUCUAUCACUCCAGGCUCCUAUGGCACUGUCAGUGUCAAGCCUAGCAAUUCGACCACAAAGCUCCCUGCUACGCGCACACCUCAAGAUAUCUUCCGUUCCUCCGAGAACUUGCCACUUCUUCAGCGUCAGGAUCAAUCCGAGGACGAAGACGAGGAGCAACCUCCGCGACCUGCUAGCCAAGAAGAUGACAACGGCCCCAAGCCCUUGUUACCUUGGUUGGAAGAUGCUGAAAUCGACAGCGACGACCCCAUCGUGACAUUGGCCAUCUGGGUAAACUUCAUUGCCAAUGCCAUUUUACUCGCUGGAAAGCUUGUUGUCAUAGUCUCAGUGCCUUCAAUGUCCGUCCUUGCCAGUUUGGUAGAUGCUGUGCUAGAUUUCCUCAGUACCGUCAUCGUAUGGAUUACUACGCGUCUCAUCUCGUCCAGUCAUCAAGACCAAUAUAGCUAUCCUGUUGGUCGCCGCAAACUCGAACCACUUGGCGUCCUCGUCUUUUCCAUCAUCAUGAUCACAUCUUUCUGCCAAGUCGGACUCGAGUGUAUUUCUCGCCUCAUGGACCCUGAGCAUGCUAUUCUUGAGCUGGGUAUUCCAGCUAUUGCCAUCAUGGUUUCUACCAUCGUCAUCAAGGGUGCCUGCUGGAUCUGGUGUCGUGUCGUCAAGAACUCAAGUGUUAGAGCAUUGGCUGAGGAUGCAAAGACGGAUGUGAUCUUCAACACUGGUUCCAUCCUGUUCCCCAUCAUCGGCUACUAUGGGCGAAUCUGGUGGCUCGAUGCUGUCGGUGGCUUGCUCCUCUCCCUUGUUGUCAUCUUCAACUGGAGUCAGACCUCGGCACACCACGUCCGUAACCUUUCAGGCUUCUCCGCCCAACCUGACGAGCGAAACCUGCUGCUAUACUUGACCAUGCGCUUCGCCACUGCCAUUCGUCAGAUUCAAAAUUUGCGCGCCUAUCACGCUGGUGACAAACUCUUCGUCGAGGUCGAUAUUGUGCUCUCUGCUGCGACACCUCUCAAGGACAGUCACGAUCUUAGCGAGGUGCUGACAUACUUCCUCGAGUCUGUGCCAAUCGUUGACCGAGCAUUCGUCCACGUCGAUUAUACUAGUUAUAAUGCCCCGACUCAUAUGCUCAAAGGAUCUGCCGCAAAACAGAAAUAAGGCUGAGUUGCAACAAUAUAACGAGGCCAUGCGGAUUAGAUCCCCCGUUUGCAAGCGAGACGGGCAGACUAGUCGCCAGAGAUCUAAAGGGGCAUGGCAAUAUCCAAAGAGCUUGGGUGCAUAUAGAAGCGUGUUCAAGCGCGGAGCAGUUCUGUGGGAGCAUCAUAGUCGUUUUUGCAAAACCCUCAGUCGCUUCGGGAAGCGGAGCGAUUGUACUAUAUAUGUAUUAUCAAGAGUAUUAUCUCUCAAAAGAGUCGGAAAGGAAGACUAGACAAGCGCUAUAAUAACAAAAAAAAAACAUCAAGACCCAUUCACUACUGAUCGUCCUCUUGUGCCAUCCCUUAAUAGGGAAUGCCGUUAGUCAGAAGCUGGAACUGAUCGUAGAUACCUGUGCUGUGACUCGAGUAACUGGUCUUGAUGAGAUGUUUCAUGAAGUUGGCAGCGUCGCGCUCGCUCCUGUCAAGGACAAAACGCUCACGGAAAUGCUUGACACUCUCAGGCUUGAAGCAGGGCAGACCACUAUCCAUCAUGAGCCAGACGAUCUGGCUGAGCUUCUCGCAAUACUGACGACUGGCCAAGAAAGCCUUUACGCAGAGUUCCUCGAAGGCCUUGAAACUCUGGUGCUCCAUUGAACCACCCAUGACCGCCACCAUCUCGGUUGUGAGCUUGAAGGGGGCACGCUCGAACUUGAUACCACCUGGGGCGAUAUCAAAGCAGAAACCGAAAUCAAUGUGUAGGAUAUGGCCCGCGUCGUCAAUCAUGAUGUUGCCGUUGUGUCUAUCCUUGAAUUGUAACAAGUAGGAAAUGACUGAGUAGGCCGCCAUGGACUUGACGAAGUUGCUGCGGGCUCGCUGGAAUCGGAGCGAGUUCUCAUUGCCGUAUUUGGAGAUGAAGUAGUCAUACAAACCAUUGACAGCCUCACGACCAAGCAUAUCUCGUGAGAUCGAGUUGGGCAGCACGUCGAUGACACCACAGCCAGGGGCUGUGGCAGUGACUCGAUAAGGGAAGACGUAGACAUCUAGGCCGACAUCGUGGAAUAUGCCUCGGAACGCUGCAAUCAUCUGCAGCGCCAGGACAUCCUGUCGACAAUCAUCGCCGACCUUGAAAAUGGCCGACUGCCAGACUUCAACAGUCCUCUCUGGUGUUCCAUGAUCUUCUCCGUCAUUCUCCUCCAUCAUCUCAUCCACCUCAGAAACGCCUCCUUUGUUCUUCUGAAUACGGAAUGUGGCCAUGUACGGAGCCUUGGCGUGACUCUGUAGAGGCUUGCCAGACUUGCGAUCAAUGCCGAUAACAACACCAUCAGGGUUACUAGGAAGAUAAACGCCGACCUCAACUUUGAUUUUGCGCAGCUCUUCUUCAAUUUUUUGCUUCUUCUCCGGCUUCGACUUCUUAAUGAAGGGCUUAAGCUUCCCAGAAAUGUCAGUGACUUCGUCAAAGAAAGAAAACUCUUUCUCAUAAAAGUCGCGGUCUUCAGCGGCGAAACCGUCAACCAUCUGAGUCAUGACCGUAUCGAGAGUUGGUUUGAUUUCGUCAGGGAUCUGAGCGUCAUCGUCCUUGUACGAAUUGGCCUUCAUGUUCCAGAUGAUCUGGUGAGCGAACAGCUGGGAAAACUGAGCUGUUUCGAGGAUAUAGCGCUUAACAUAUCCAAGGCUAUCGUAGCGGAGAGACUGGACAAUUUGGGGAACAUAAAAGAAUGUUACGUCGACAGAAUGGCUUUCCAGCGCACGCAUGGCGUACUGAAUAAUGAACGGGUGCGACUGGUAGGCGGGCAAGAACAUGGUAACGGCUGUUACGGGGUUCACAGGCUCCCAGUACAAUAAAUACUGCCCAACGUUAGUAUUGCAAUGUCAGUCAGGGUACGAAACCUACCUUGAGUUGUUGCGAAGCGACAUCAUCGGGAAGAAAUCCUCCAAAGAUCAGGUGCAGAGCCUCAGGCUCGAAAAUGGCCUUUUCAGGCAUGGUGAGAAGCAAGAACCUGAUAUCACGCUGCAGGCGAGGGAAUGGAAACCUAGUUGCGAGUUCGAUCGCAAUAGCUGGGUCCUGCCACCAUGCAGUUCUAAUGAGUGGUAAGAGUGCAGCCUCGGUCGGUGCCUUACCAGCAGUUUGAGUCAAUGCUUGAUUGCUCGCAUUGUUGAGUGGGUUUACCCAGACGAUUAGGCGCAGUUGUUCAUUUCUGAGCAGGAGGUCGAGCAGCUGCUCUUUGGACUGCAGAGACUUGACAUUGCCGACAGUUUGGGCGCCUAUAAAAGAGACCUGUUGGAGGGCCGCCAAGACAUCAGAGAUAAGACGGAUCUCGGUCUUCAUCUGCAAUAAGUUACUUCCGAAUGACCACUUGGGUGCAGACCUGAACCAAGACAGGCCGGCCGUAAGAAGUCGCUCCUUGAGCCUCCACUGUGCUGCAGGCUUGAGAGUGGUGCUGGAACGUAGGACGCGGAGACCAAAUAAGACGAUUUGGAAUCGAAUCUCUCUGGCCAUUGGAUGAGUUGCAGAUUGCUUCAUUGCCUCCAGUGUAAGAUCAAUCAUCCGGAGGAACACCUUCUGGAUAUCAGGGCUACCGAGCCUGGUAGCGUUAUAAUGACUGGCAAAGAAUUGGAGCAGUCGAGUAUGGGGAGAGAGAAUGUCAUGCACAAUUUGCUUCUUCUUGGCUAGAGCUUCCAGUUCGCUGGGCGCAAAUUCCUCCUUCAAGAAGAAGGGGUCAACAUGAUUCAGUGUUGGGCUGAAAAGGCCGACCUUUCGCGUAAGAGUGAACUCCCAUUGCUGGACGAUCUCAUUUAGCAGUCUCGACUCCUGCCUUGGGUUUUCGUUGAUUACACCAAGCCAUAAGGAGACACCCAAGUUGAUAGAUUGCUUGGUGAAUAGGGCGAACGGAAUGCUCACAAGGUGAUGAGCAACAGCAGCUUCAUCCUUGCUCGUGCGGCAAAGAAGUGCUGCUGCCCUACGAAGAAUAUCUCGGACUUCAGUGAUGGAUGUACUCUUCUUGCUGAGAAUUCUUGCCUCAACAUGAGCGAGUGCAGUAGUGGCAUUGGCACUCUCCUUCACAGAUGACUGCACAAAUGACAAGCGACGGUUGUGAUUCAUGAAGCUCAUAAGUUCUGUACCACGAUCCGGAAGCGUCUCGCCAUACCGAUAUUCUUGGCGAGUUGUGUACUGCGCAACAAAGGCAGAGGCUGUGUUGACACUCGAGUUGCCAAUCUUGUCCAUGGAUUGGAGACGAUUGUCUGUUGAUGGAAUAAUUGAUCCUAGCUCAAGAGCAAAAGACCUUCCCAAAGAGACAUGGCCGUAAGCGCCUUCGUCACUGAACUCCGAGAGAUAUGUCUGCAGAAUUCCCUUGACAUCGAGAGGAGAGAGGUUGAUAGCAGAAUUGACCCAUACCCUGGCCUUGCGGUUAAGGAUAUCUACCGUCCAUCUUCGAAAAUCAUAGUCGUCUGAAAGCUGCACAGUCACUCCGCCAAGUUCUGACGUAAAAGUGGACCUAGGAGCAUAAACAUCUGUCUCGGCUUCCAAGCAGCUAGACCACAUAAGCGAGAGCAGUUCAAUCAGUGCGAAGAGUGACGACCUAUAGCAAAGGGCUGAAGGAAUUUCACGGAGGAAGCGAUCGGCGCAAACAAACGCGGCUUGCUGGACUCGCUCGAUACGGUGGCAGCAGCUACAGAAGAUGGUAGCGAGCUGCUCGGCAGCGUACUGGGCAGAAAAGGUUGGUUCGGCGCCGCUUUGAGUCUUUUGAAUAUACUUAUCCAUGACAGCAGCUGCAACACCCUCCAUGGCGCUGCUCAGCUCUCCCUUGGACAUGCUCGGUUCCAGGAAAUAGGACAGAACCUUGGUGCAAUCACCUGAGUCGGCUCGAAGAAUUUCCAUCAGGUAAGCUGCUUGCAAGAAGAUCACCUUGCGAUAGCUGAGGCUCCUAAUCUCAUUGGACUUGGAGGGUACAAGAUCACUCAAAAGCUUCUUCUGCAGAGACUCUCUAUCGUUGCUCAUACCACGUCGUAAGACAGUAUUGAGCUCGAUAUCACUUUCGACCUGCUCACCUCGCUGCUCGGCCACAAGAGGUGGGGAGUGAAUAGCAAUCAUACGCAAUUCUCUCAUAUACUGUUUGCCACGAUCUGUGUUGGUGGUAAAGCCGUGAACCACGAUGUUGAACCAAGCGUCUCGAAGCAGAGAAUACGUCUCGUCAUCGGCGAUGGGCUCGAAAGCAAAAUCGUUCGUGGACAUAAAAAUUGCCAGCGGAUGAAGAAGUUCCGCGAUCUCCUUUGCAGCCAUUUGUACGUCAGAUUCCUUGGUAUGUCCAGACGAAUGUACAUCACCAAGUCCGAUGAUGCUGUCAAGCAAGUGUUCAUAGUAUAUACCAAACAGCUGCGAGUCACGUCGUAGGUUGGCAGAAAUGAAAGUGCGAGCAUUUCUCACCUACACAAAUCAGUAUAUAUCAAAGUAUAGAAAGUCAUAUUCACUUACAGCUUCCAGUAAGAAUAGCUGGUUUUCGACAACCCCAGUAUGACACAGUUUACUAAACAACUUGAGCAAAGAGCGAAACUCGAGUUGUCCGCCCUCGAGAGCCAGAGCAGCUGCUCCACUGAUAAUCCGGGCAUCCACGCCUGUAUUGACCUUUUCGAGCUUCUGCUGAAGCAUAGACUGAGCCAGUGCGGUAAUUUUCUCAUCCUUGAAAGCAGCAGCAAUCCCACAGAUGGUUUGCACGACAUUGCCUGAAACGAUCGCAGUCUCCUCCUCGCCAUACAUCUGUAGUGAAAUCGAGCUCCCAAUGGACCGACGAUUGGUAUAAAUGGCGUUAAGUCCUGUUUCACUUGCCGUUCCAUCAAUCUGAUCGUUCACAAACGCUUGGUCCGACCCAGGGCUGAGUACGUUGCCCAGGGUAUACAAUGUGCCGAUGACAGCAUCCUUCGAGAGCAUUUUGAGAGCAUAAGCCAAGCUAUUGGAAGCUAUAGUGACAAUAUCUUUCUGCGGGGCAUCCUGAACGAUGAACCUAGGUAGGAUGCGGCUGACAUUAGACGAGAAGGAUGGUGAGAUCUGGCAGAUCAGGGCCAAACAUCGCAACGUGACCGAGGCAAGAGUAGGGUCAGCCAUCUGAACAGAGUCAUCCAGGGUUUCCUGAAGCCAGUUCAUGAGAAUCUCUGUAUCAGCAGCAUCUUCAUUGAGCAGAGCGCAAUUCAAGUAGGAAAUGAGCGCCGCAGCCUUCACAGCGUAAGCGAGACUCUGCUGGUCAGGAGAUCCCAUGCGGAUAAAGUCAGCACCACCUUCGAUAUACUGGAUCUCUUCAAUGGCCAGGGCAGCAUAUUCCUCAACCGUCUUGAAGUCUGCUUCGAGCGCAGAGGACGCGAUAUUGCAAAGAUCUUCACCCUGGGCAAUGUAGAUAUCCAGCACGUGAGACUCUCGCAGAGAACGAGGGUCUUUUACCAUCAGUGAAGUGCUGGAGACAAUAAGAUGAGCGAAGCUUCGGUGCAGGAGCAUAGCUCCGAGAGGUCGUCCAGAGGAGGCAUAGUGGCGCAGGUAUCUCUUCCAUUCUUUGACCUCGCGAUCCUGGCUAUGGCAGUUGCGAAUGGUGGAUAGUGCUGUUUCCACAGCGAUAAGGAAAGGCUCAGAAAGCAACUCUCUGAUUUUCUUGAUCAUGGCCAGUCGACCGCCAGCUCUCCAGAAGUCGGCCUGAGCGGCUGCCGCAUCCAAAAAUCCGAGCAGGGCCACGGCAAUUGUCACAGUUCGAAUUGCAUCCUCCAGGUGAGGAUUCUCAGGAUCUCCUGCUUGAGGUGAGAUAAUGCUCUCGGUAGCUCGUCUACAAGAGUUCACGAAGGCCCAGAUCUUAUCGGUCACAUUCUCCUGAAGCUCAUCGUAAUUGAUGCCAAGUGCCAGCAGGGCCCCUGUCACAUGAAAGGCUAGGGCCUCGGUCGGGGACGGGUCGAUCUUUCGG